AUGACGAUCGAGACAAUAUAUAUAGCGAGACAUGGGUACCGUUCUAAUUGGUUGCCCUAUGGUCCGUACCCUGCCCCACCUACUGGAAUAGACAGUGAUGUCCCUUUAGCGGAGCAUGGACGUGAUCAAGCGGUUGAAUUAGCAAACUUUAUCAAGACGCUCGAAAAUAAGCCUGAAAUAAUAUUUACAUCGCCGUUCUACCGUUGUCUAGAGACAAGUGAACCCAUUCAAGAGGCGUUAAAUGUGCCCAUAUACACAGAUCGUGGUAUUGGUGAAUGGUAUAAGCCCGAUCGUGAUAUUAUACCUGUACCUGCUACUGAUAAGCAACUUCUGAAAUUUUUUCCCUGGAUAAACGUCAACUGGGAAGAUACACUAAUUCCAAGUGAUAAGGGCGAGACUGAAGCUGAUGUCUUUGAUAGAUGUAGUGAAUUUUUACCCAAAUUCAUCAAACGUCUAGAAUCUACGUUUCCAAAAGUUUCAACCAUUUUACUUGUGACUCAUGCCGCAACAAAGGCUGCUUUAGGUAUGAACUUACUGAAAUUUCCAAAUGCUAGAGUCCCAAUAGAUGGCAAAGGAACAGUGAUAAGAAAUGCGUCAUGUUCAUUGGACGAAUACACUAGAGUCAAUGACGAUACAUGGGAUAUUGUAAUGAAUGGUAAUACAUUAUUUUUGAAGAAUGGUGAAGAAAUGAACUGGAGUUUUAUGAAUUUACUGGAAGCUGGCUCAGAUGCUGACAUCAAGGCAAGACAAUUAGAGGAAAUGGAACGUAAAAAAGCUGCUGCUCGAACAAAUUAA